UGCAGCUGAUCUCAUGGCGUCCGAGAGGCUCCAGAGCCGGCCGGCCUGCCUGCUGGUGGCCAGCAGCGCCGCGGAGGGUGUGUCGGCCCAGUCCUUCCUCCACUGCUUCACGCUGGCCAGCUCUGCCUUCAACCUGCAAGUGGCCACCCCUGGGGGGAAAGCCAUGGACUUUGUGGACGUGAACGAGACCAACUCGCGCUGGGUGCAGGACUUCCGCCUCAAGGCCUACGCCAGCCCCGCCAAGCUCGAGUCCAUCGACGGUGCCCGGUACCACGCCCUCCUGAUCCCCAGCUGUCCGGGGGCCCUGUCCGACCUGGCCAGCAGCGGGUCCCUGGCCCGCAUCCUGCAGCACUUCCACUCCGAGAGCAAGCCCAUCUGUGCUGUUGGCCACGGUGUGGCUGCCCUCUGCUGUGCCACCAACGAGGACAGGUCCUGGGUGUUCCAAGGCUACAGCAUGACAGGGCCCUCCGUGUACGAGCUCAUCAGGGCGCCUGGCUUUGCCCGCCUGCCGCUCAUCGUGGAGGACUUCGUGAAGGACGCGGGUGCCAGCUUCAGUGCCAGUGAGCCUGAUGCCGUGCAUGUCGUGCUGGACCGCCACCUCAUCACCGGCCAGAACGCCAGUUCCACCGUCGUGGCCCUGCAGAAUCUGCUGUUCCUCUGUGGCAGCAGGAAGUGAGGCUGAGCCAGCCCACCUGCCAGCGCCACCUCCAGACGGCCCAGGUGUGCCCUCCUCAGGCCUCCAGGGACCCCGCUCUGUGACAGCCUCGGAGAGUGACUUUCAGACCUCCUGACCUGGCCCAGUGGGAUUGUUGGAGGCCUCCAAGGAGCAGCCCUGAGGGGCGUCAGCUCGGGGUGGGUGGGGGCGGCCCCAGCCUCCAGCACGUCCUCCUUGGGGCAGAGGCGGACAGUGCUGAGGUGUUGCACUGGCCCCAGGCGGUCACUGAAAAGUCCAGGCUGAGUGUUCCCUGGGGACGUGGUGCCGAGUGAGUCGGCUCUAGGGGUCCCGGGAUGGGGUCUUCGCCCCUCUGGUCUUCCUGGGGCCGGCACUGGAUGGCCGAGUCUCUCCCCUCUGCCUGUCCCUGUCCACCCGGGUGGAGCAGGGGCUGAGCCUCCCCAGGAGCCAGGAUGACCAUGCCAGCUGGGCCAGGGCUCUGGGAGCCCGCUUCCGGGUGGUGAGGGCUGUGCUUAGGCCUGUGUGCUGCCCCCAACCCCAUUGGGCGUUGGUGGGGCCCUGUGGGGUGGGGCCAGCUGGCUGGAGCUUGCUCAGCACUUUCACUCCCCGAAGGUGAAGAGGGUCUUCUGGGGGCCACAGCUCCUAAUCCCCAGACUGGGUGGUGCCGAAGGAUGGGUCUGAAUGUUAACCUUGCCUGGGGCGUGGUUUCAAAACAGGAUGGUGACCCCAUGUGAGGCCAGGAUGGACCUCAGGGCGGACACCGCACUGUGGCUGCAUCCCUUCUGACAUUGAGAGAAACACGUUUAAUUGUGAAUACAACACCGUGGGUUUCUUAAGAAGACAGCGCUGCUCACCAGGCCCUGCCCGAUAGCCCCAGGUCACGUGGCCCUGCCCAGUUUUGCAGCUGCUCCGCAGGUUUCGGGGUGGAAGUGACGGAAGCGUAAGCUCCACUUGGAAGGAGGCCUGGUGUGUGGCCUCCCGGGUCAGCUGGGGUAGCGCUCAGUCCUCGUUUCCCAGGCCCUGGCCAGGACUUUGCUGGGGAUGCCGUGCAGCUGUCCAGCCGGCUCCCUCCCAGCGCAGCAUGCUCGUGCUCCAGCCUCCCCGGGCGUCUCGCCUGGGCGUUGGCCCUGGGGUGAGGCCUCCAGGAGCCACUCGGGUCCUCUUGGGUGUUCCCCACCUUCCUGUCCCCCCUCCUCACUGGCUCUGCCUCAUCCAGCCCUUCAGAGCAAAGAAGGAAGGAAGGAAGCAGGGCCACCCCCCAAGUCCCAGACCGCUUCCUUCUGGCCACAUAGACCACGUGGAGAUGCCGCUGUACGUGCCCUCUGUUGGUGUUUCCUGGGAAGAUGGUGUCCCGGGAAGAGUUGUCCUGCCCUCCGUAGAACGGGCCUAGCCAGCUCCCCUGCAGGGCUCGGUCAGCCCCCAUGGCUGCAGUGGCUGCAGUUAUCACCCCCUGGUGAUGGACGUCUCUGGACAAAAGGGUUUUUUAAAGAUGGUG